AUGUGGAGUCCGACGCACAUUCAAGUGACAGUGCAACGCGCCAAAGGGCUGCUCAUCAAGGGCAAGGGCGGCACAAACAACUGCUUCGUCAUCAUCGCGCUCGGCAAGGAGAAGUACCAAACGUCCAUCAAACAGAAGGCCCCCGACUCGGUGAUGUGGAAUGAAGAAUGUGAGCUGCAAAUCCCAACCCAAGGCAACCAGGCCCAGCUGGUACUGACCGCGCUUCAUCACAACAGCGUGGGGAUGGAUGAGUUUUUGGGCCGGGUCGUGCUGCCGCUGAACGAGAUGGAGGUGUACGAGCGGCCGCGCGCCCGCUGGUAUAAGCUGGAGAGUAAGGAUCGCGAAAAGAAGAAGGAAAAGGACCGGGGCGAGCUGGAGGUGCGCAUCUCGUUCACGGUGAAGGCCGGUUCGCUAACUGAUCUGAGCAAGAAGGAGAAGAGCAAGAGCUCGAUCAGCAAUCUCGCAUCCAGCGUGGGCGGUUCGCUGCUCAGCAUCGGUGCGAUCGAAAAGCGCAAAGGGCUGAAGAAGAUCGCCAAAUCGAUCGGCUCGAAGAUGCACAUUUCCGGCAUGGGGAAGAAGGAAAACCGGAAGGAGCGGGACGGUGCGGACGAUACGUCGAUGUACAGCGGAAGCUACUCGAGCCUGGCCGGCGGUACCGGUGGUGGUAGCGCCACACCGUCCACGGCAUCGUUGCACCCAUCGUCCGGCGGACGACAGUCGAAGCAAACGUUUGGCGAUGCAGAUCCGGGCGUAAUUAGCGAAGACGAGGACGAGUUCGUGCUGGAAAAUUUGUCGCACAAGAGCUCAAACGGGUCGCUUAACCUGCGCCCGGCCGCCAACGUUCCCAAGCCGGCACCGGUGACCACCUCAACACCGCUGGAGUGGUCCGGGCGCGAUACCGAGCAACGGGGCGAUACACCGGUGGCGACGACUGGCGAAAAGGUGGACGAGUGGGAACAGAAGCUGUACGGCAAGCAUCUCGACAUUGGAAAUUCCGAUUCGCUCAAGCGGCGCAGCUGGGAAAGCUCACGGGUAAUGCUGUCCGCCCGGCUGGAAGAAUCGGAACAGGAACCGGAAGCGGGCGGUGGCGUUCAGGGUGGUGCGGGUGAGCAGCAGCGUGGUCGCUCUGUGACGGCACCGACAUCGCCCGAGCUAGAUGGCAAAGCGAACCAUCGGGAGCACCAACAUUCCACCAGCACCAAAGCACCGGCAACGACGACACCGAAACCGCUGCCACGCACCGGCUCGCAGGAUGUCGCCAUUAUCGGUCGCCAGUCACCGGGCCCAGCACCGGAAAUCAAACCAGAGAAGGAAAGCUUCACCAAGAAGCUGAAACACUUCGUCAAGGAGCACCGGGGCAGUGGCCACCGUGCGGAUUCGCUAGAAAACCUUUCCACGGCCGUUGGGGUCGGUGCACUGGCCGCACACAAGAAGCACGGUUCGAAGCUGCUCGGCACCUCGGCCGACCAGCGCAUCAUCAUCGGUGGCGAGAAUGGGGAGCAGAUAGCAGCGGCGGCGGCAGCGGCGGCCGCCUCACAGCGCCAGUCCAAGCUUGCCCAGGUGUCGCCGGAAACGUUGGCCAAAUACGAGGGCAAAUCGCGCGAGGAUGUGAUUAAGAUAGCGCACACGCUCGAGAACGAGGUGCACUAUCAGAAACAGAAGGUGAAGGAGCUGGAAGACUACCUCGACAGUCUGCUGCUGAAGGUGAUGGAAUGUCAUCCGAAGAUAUUGCAAAACCCGUACCAGAAGGCAGCACCGACGAAAAGUGGAUGA